GGGUGUCAGCACUCCAGAGACUGGAAUGGAGGUUCACUUCAUGCUGUAUCGCGAUGCCAAGGGUCUUGGCGCAGCCGACGUGCAGCCGGCCCAGCCCCAGCCAUUGGUUCCAGCACCGGCGGUGAAGGAGGAGGAGCUCCUUCCAGUGGGAUGGAAGAAGGUGUGGUGCGAGGAGUACCAGGAGUGGUACUUCUGGAACCAUGUGAGCAAGGAGUCCAAGUGGACACGCCCAAAGGUCGGCGAGCCAGAAGAAGAUAACACGCUUCCAAAGGACUGGCAGAGAGUUUACGACGUGGAGCGAGGC